CUACGUCGUCCCGCAACGCUGGUCAUCGUCAUCUUCAUCUGUUUCCAACAAAAAGCUUACGACACGCCCACCAACCUGCCGGUCCUCGCUCUGCUGCUGCUGCUCUACGGCUGGUCCAUCACUCCUCUCAUGUAUCCGGCCUCCUUCCUCUUUAAGAUCCCCAGCACCGCCUACGUCGUCCUCACCAGCGUCAACAUCCUCAUCGGCAUCAACGGCAGCAUCUCCACCUUCGUCAUGGAGCUGUUCGGAAACAACGAGAUCGGAGGAAUCAACGACAUCCUGAAGAACGUCCUCCUGAUCUUCCCUCACUUCUGUCUAAUCCGAGGACUCCAUCGACAUGGUGAAAACCAGUUACGUUCCCCUCUGGAGUGGGACAUGGUGGGAAAGAACCUGUUUGCGAUGGCUGUGGAGGGAUUGGUGUUCUUCAUCAUCACCGUCCUCAUCCAGUACCGCUUCUGCAUCAAACCCAGGUCGGUCAGUAAACUCACCAAACUGGGAGCACUGGGAGACGAGGACGAGGACGUGGCCCGAGAGAGACAGAGGAUCCAUCCUGAGGAGAUCGACGCGGUCCAUCAGAACAUGGGAUACUGUCCUCAGUUUGACUCCAUCAACGAGCUGCUGACAGGAAGAGAACAUCUGGAACUCUACGCCGUCCUGAGAGGAGUACCAGAGGAACAAGUCUGUGACGUGGCAGAGUGGGGCAUCAGGAAGUUGGGUCUGAUGAAGUACGCUGAGAAAAGAGCUGGAAGUUACAGCGGAGGAAACAUGAGGAAGCUCUCCACCGCCAUGUCUCUGAUCGGAGCGCCGCCCGUCGUCUUCCUGGACGAGCCCACCACCGGCAUGGACCCCAAAGCCCGGCGGGCCCUCUGGAACUGUAUCCACAGCAUCAUCAAGGAGGGACGCUCCGUCGUCCUCACCUCCCACAGUAUGGAGGAGUGUGAGGCUCUGUGCACCAGGAUGGCCAUCAUGGUGAACGGCAGGUUCAGAUGUCUCGGCAGCGUCCAGCACCUGAAGAACAGGUUUGGUGACGGCUACACCAUCAUCCUGCGGGUGGGGGGGCCGGACGCCGACCUGCUGCCCGUCAUGAAGUUCAUCGAGAGCGAGCUGAGCGGCAGCACUCUGAAGGAGAAACACAGGAACAUGCUGCAGUACCAGCUGCCAUCUUCUCUCACCUCCCUCACACACAUCUUCUCCAUCCUCGCCAAGAACAAGGACCUGCUGAGGAUCGAGGACUACUCCGUCACCCAGACCACCCUGGACCAGGUGUUCGUGAACUUUGCGAAGGACCAGAGUGACGACUAUCACUCCAAAGACUCGGUUCGGCGUCGAGACGUCGCCAUCGAGGUUCCCUCGCUGAGCGCCGUUGGAGGAGGUGCAGAGGGGGGGGGCCCACUGAAGGAGAGCGUCAUGUGAUCAUGUGAUCAUGUGACCAUGUGAUCGUGUUAUGGACUGGACCUCAUGGCAGAGUGGACGCCCCCCCCUCACCUGUCGUGAUGUCAUACCUAUUUGAAUCCUGUGGGCGGAGCCACCUCCCCCUAAUGCCAGCCAAUGCAAAUGACUCAUUGCGGAGCCGCCGCCCAGCAGACUGUUAAAGACACUUGAACGAUUGAUUUCUUCUUCUGUGAUUGAUCGAGAACUCUGAACCAACGAUGAAGAACACAAAUCAUUCCAAUGGUCGGGGGCCCGACUGCAACAAUCUGAUUUUUAGAAAACGUUUGAUUCCGUUUUUAUGCCAGAGUUUUAUUUAUAUGUGUAUCUGAAACGUCGUCUUAUUUUAGCGGGCGGUUCUGUUUCCUGUAGAGUUUAACAGCCAAUCAAAGCGCUCAAUGCAAAGUGCUGCACAAAGACAAAGACUUGAUUGAUUUUCUAGUUUUUUUAAGAAAAGAUGCUAAAAAGAGGUUUGUUUGUUUGGGUGUGAAGCAGUGAAAUACCUCAUCAGCUCCACGAAGCACACUACAGUAUCGAUCGGCUGACCAGAUAUCAGCUGAUCGAUCCGACUGAAGGAGCUCCACCUCCUCAGCACUUUACCCGUUAACAAACCCGUUUGUCUCUGAUCACCAUGUUGUUUAUUUAACGUGACAGCAAAGGCUGAUGGGAAGAAGAACUGUUCCCCUAACGACACAAUAAAACAAAU